GAAUCAUCAAAGCUCCGCGCGUACACGAUGCCGCUAAUGAAGCUGGUGUGCACGGCGGUGGAUCAGAUCCCCACGGACCGGGACAAGGUGGUCGCACACCUGCUGCGCUUCUUCCACACAGAUACCGUGCUCACCCGCACGCCGCUCCCCGCUCACCACGUGCACGCGCCCACGCCCUCCCCUUCCGCCUCCUCCUCUUCCUCCUCUGACGCCUCUGCGGCUUCGGAUUUUAGUGCUCUUACCACCACUCCGACCACAGGGCCCUCGCUCCAAGAACUGCAAGCAGCAGCAUGGGACCCUCUCCUGGACUGGAUAGAGUCCGAGUUCGGCGCCCGCCCUUCCGUCUCCUACUCUUUACUGCCGCCCGAUCAGCCCGACGCUGCCGUGAGGGCCUUGCGCUACGCGCUGCAGCCAAUGGACGCCUUCCACCUGGCAGCAGUGGAUUCCCUGGCAGGCCCCACACGCUCGCUGGUGCUGGCGCUGGCGGUGGCGAAGGGGCGCCUCAAGAUGGGUGAAGCCAUGAGGGUGAUUCGCGUGGAGGAGGAUUUCCAGACGGAUCGGUGGGGAGUGGUGGAGGGGGGUCAUGACAUAGAUGCAUCGGACCUGAAAGUGCGUGUGUCAGCAGUUUCAGUCUUUGUUCGCCUGCUAUCCAUGCCUUGA